AUGGAUCAUGUCGCCAGCGGUAUGGUUUCCAUCCUUGGCCUCAAGCGGCAGGACAAGGUUGGCAUCUUUUGCAAGAACCAGGUCGAGUGGUGUCUUGCGAAUCACGCGUGCGACCGCAUGAGUUACGUCGUGGUGCCGCUGUACGACACUCUAGGCCCAAAUGCCGUACCCUUUGUGAUCAACCACACCGAUUUGAAGGUUUUAUUCUGCGGCUCGAAGCAGUUCGAUGUCAUCAUGAACUGCAUUUCGAACUGUCCGUCAGUGAAAACCGUCGUCAUGGUUGACGCCAUUACCGACGAGCAGAGGCGCCUCGCUGCAGCCAACGACGUCGAGCUCAAGACGUUCGAGGAGAUCGAAGAGAAGGGCAAGCAAGAGCCGCAUCCAGCAGAUCCACCACUCCCAACUGACAUCUCUACGCUCUGCUACACUUCCGGUACUGUAGGUGACCCGAAGGCCAGCAACCGACUCAAAAUUUACCCGUGGGAUCGUCACAUUUCGUACUUGCCGCUGGUGCACGUACUGGAGCGUGUAGUGCUAGCGUUAAUGCACCUGAAUGGUGCGUCUGCAGGCUUCUACCAGGGCGAUCUGCGUCUCCUGAUGGACGACAUUAGCGAGCUCCAGCCGACAGUCUUCGUGACGGUACCACGACUUGUAAACCGCGUGUACGACAAGAUCACGCAAGGUGCUGAGGCUGCUGGGGGCCUCAAGAAGAUGAUUUUCGAUAGGGCCAUCGCCUCGAAACUUGCUGGCGUGGAGGAAGGGCGCAAAACUCACGCGUUGUGGGACCGUUUAGUGUUCAACAAGCUUCGCCAGGCGUUGGGCGGCAACGUGCGUCUGAUCUUCUCGGGUUCAGCUCCUAUGAGCGCCGACGUCAAGAAGUUCAUGCAGGCAAUUUCCUGCUGCGAGGUCGUCGAAGGCUACGGACUGAGUGAAUCUGCUGCUGCAGUUUGUGUGGGCGCCAUUGACAUGCCGACGGAGUCGCACGUGGGCUCUCCGGUCAUGUACUGCCAAGUUCAGCUGGAAGACGUGCCCGAAAUGGGCUACACGAGUCACGACAAACCUCGUCCAAGAGGUGAGAUCCUCCGUGGAUGGUUCCACACUGGCGACAUUGGCUGUUGGAAUGCUGACGGUACGCUCAGUAUCAUUGACCGUAAGAAAAACAUCUUCAAGCUCGCACAGGGCGAAUACUACGUGGCACAGAUCUUUGUGUACGGAGACUCGUUGAAGAGCUGCUUGGUUGGUGUCGUAGUGCCCGACGCGGAGGUGGUUAAGCUGUGGGCUCUGGAGCACAAGGAAUCGAGCGGUGAAGACGCCACAAAGGGCGAGAUCUUGCAGAAUGCCGAGUUCCAGAAGGACGUGCGUGAGGACAUAGAACGUGUGGCGGCAGAGGCGAAGCUGAGGGGCUUCGAGCGCGUCAAGAACGUGCACUUCCACCCGAAGCAGUUCACGUCGGAUGACGACCUGGUGACGCCGACAUUCAAGCUGAAGCUGCCACAGCUGAAGGCCUACUUCCAGUCGCAGAUCGACGAGCUCUACCGCGGGCUGUAG